GCACAACACAGUAUGAAAAUACUGAAGAAUGUAGUAUUCAGGAUAACAAUAAUCUAAAAAUAUUAUGGCAUGAUCUAGAUGAAAUACAUGAGAUUACAGAAAAAAUAUUUAAUGAAGCAGAAGUACUAAAUAAGACA